AUGAGCGGUGGUGUCUACGGCGGAGACGAGGUCGGUGCUAUAAUUUUCGACGUUGGACACCAGAGCCUACGCGUUGGUUAUGGCGGUGAGGACACACCGAAGGCUGAAAUCCCGACCACCCUCGGUGUAUGGGAGGACAGCAUCGAGUCGGCGGACGGCAGUCAGAACGUCAGGAAGCACUACAACAUCGAUGUCACGGCCAUUCAAGUGCGAAAGAAGGAUAUGGAGAUGGUUAGUUUAAUGAAGGACGGGAUGAUCGAGGAUUGGGACAUGUUCGAGCGGCUGACGGAGUACACGUACAAGCAACGGCUUCACGCUCUCGCGGAACACCAUCCGAUCCUGAUGACCGAGUGCCCUUGGAACACGAGGUUGAAGCGCGAAAAAUUGCUGGAGCUGAUGUUCGAGAAAUUCAACGUUCCAGCAAUGUACAUCUGCAAGAACGCCGUCUUGGCCGCGUAUGCGAACGGAAGAUCGACGGCCAUGGUUGUGGACAGCGGGGCGACUCACACGAGCGCGGUCCCUGUGCACGACGGUUACGUCAUCACCCAGGGAAUCGUGAAAAGCCCGUUGGGCGGUGAUUUCAUCACGAUGCAGUGCAGGCAAUUCUUCGAGGAGAAGGAGAUCGAGCUGACCCCGGCCUGCCUGGUCGCGAGCAAAGAUGUGGUCCGUGAAAGGGAUCCACCACGCUGGAUCAAGAGAGCCGGUCCCCAACCAACGUCUUCCUGGAUGAGUUAUAUGGUCAGAGAGUUGUUGCAAGACUUUCAAAUGAAUUGUCUCCAAGUCUCGGACAGUCCUUACGACGAGGACGUGGCCAACACUUUGCCAAUGAAACACUACGAGUUCCCGACCGGGUACAACGAUGAUUUCGGCUCCGUCAGGCUCAUGAUUCCGGAAGCCCUGUUCGAUCCCAGCAACGUGAAGGGUGUUGGAGCCAGCAUUCUUGGGGUUGGUCCUCUAGUCACCACCAGUGUGGGCAUGUGCGACAUGGACAUCAGACCUAGUUUGUACGGAAGCGUGGUGGUUACAGGCGGCAAUUCCUGCUUGCAAGGUUUUAGCGAAAGACUGAAUCGUGAUUUAGCCAGCAAGACUCCUCCGAGUAUGAGACUGAAAAUAAUUAGCGCGAACAGCUCGAGCGAACGGCGAUACGGCGCGUGGAUCGGUGGAUCGAUCCUCAGCUCCCUUGGAUCCUUCCAGCAGAUGUGGUUGUCGCGGCAAGAGUACGAGGAAUCGGGUAAACUGAUUCUGGAGCGGUGCGCGUGAUCAAAAGCUCAAGCAACAAUCAAAAUUAUAUUUCGUGAUUAUUUUUACAAAUCGUCCGACAUUCUCUACGUAUAAUUAUAAUUUGUGCGCGCGGUCGACGAGACGGCCAAUUUUUAACUAAGUUAAGCAUUUCGAAUGAUCAUUUCGGAGCGUUAAGGGCCAACACGAGACAAUACGAGCGAUCGAUAUCAAAAACGAUUAAUAUCGAAUGGUUUUGCGCGAGACGCGUGUUAGACAAAUUUAUAUGCCCGAAGAAAAA